AUGUUCGCCGCUACAGGUAUCCUCUCUCUGUUGCUGUCUACAGUUUUAGUACCGGCGGCGCUGGCCGACAGUUCAUCUUACGUCCCAAUUUCCGCAACAUGCCCAUCGGAGUCACUCGUAAGAGCUGCCAGUGGUCUCUCAACCAAUGAAGAGGCAUAUCGAGUAUCUAGGAAAGCAGUGGCUGACGAAGCACUCAAAUCAUGGUUGGCCGAAACCAAUUCUGAAUUUAAUACCGAUGAGCUUCCGACGAUUGCAUUGUCGAGCAGUGGCGGCGGGGACAGGGCCCUGCUGUCAGGUGCGGGAGUAAUCCAAGGGCUUGAUGCACGAGAUAGCAAUGUCAGCACCAGCGGGCUCUUCCAAGCUCUAACCUAUCAUAGUGGUCUCUCCGGAGGUGCUUGGUUGUUGACAUCGUUUGCUGGAAACAAUUAUCCUACCAUUAGCUCUCUAGAGUCCAACCUCUGGGGACUGGCUAUACAGGAUAGUCUGCUAGAUCCGGAACUUUUGGGAGCCUUGAUCGACUACCUUACAAUCGCCGACGAGGUAGAGGCAAAGGAAAGCGCAGGAUUUGAAACCACACUAAUUGACGUGUAUGGCCGUCUCUUAGGUUAUCAACUCUACGGCGAACCGGAUGGCGGCGCAGGACUCACUUUAUCUUCAAUCACCGGGUUCUCCAAUUUCACUUCCCAUGCAGUUCCUUACCCAAUCAUUACAGCUCUUGGAGCUAAAGUCUGGCUUGGAGAAUGUACUCCAGGUCCAAACGGGACGACGUAUGAGUUCACUCCUUUCGAGUUUGGUAGCUGGGACAGCGAUGUCAGCGCGUUUACUCAGACAAAAUACCUCGGUACAUCUAUGAAAGGAGGGAGCCCAGUUUCAUCAUGUACGAUCAACUAUGACAAUAUUGGCUACAUUGCCGGAACCUCCAGCGAUGUUUUCGCCUCCGAACUCUGCACCGAGAUUUCAGAUAGUUCCGAACUUGUCACGGAGUUGGAGAAGAUUCUUGUCGAUGUUCACGAAAUCGCAACAUCUGACCAGUACGCGACCUACAGGAAUCCGUUCUACGAAUAUCAAUCUUCAACUCAGGUUCCAAAUUCCGCAAACAAUAUCAGUGCUCAACAGAGCCUCAGCUUAGUUGAUGGUGGUGUUGCCUUGCAAAACAACCCCAUCUUUCCCCUUCUCCAGCCCGCCCGUCAGAUCGAUGUUAUCAUCGUCAAUGACAACUCAGCGGACACAAGCAACAAUUGGCCAAACGGGUCCGAGAUUUUGACUACCUACGUACAGUCUUUCAAUCACAACCUGACACGCAUGCCGUACAUCCCACCUGUCGCUACGUUCAUCGCUGAAGGCUUGAACACAAGAGCUACUUUCUUCGGCUGUAACGAUUCCAGCAAAGUUACCAUUGUCUACCUUCCUAACGCCGAUUUUACCUUCUCGAGCAACGUACCAACUGCACAACUCGCAUACUCCAAGGCUGAGCAGGCUGAUAUGAUUGCUAAUGGGGUUCAGAUUGUGAGCCAAGGAGAGAAAGCGGGCUGGGGGACUUGUCUUGGAUGUGCGUUGAUGAUGAAGACAAACCAGACUUUACCGGAUGACUGCACUGCUUGUUUUGCAGAUUAUUGUUAUUAUGAAUAA